AUGGAUCAUAAGGAAGAGCAACAAACUAGUGAACAUGUUCCGGAAGAAAGCCUCGAAGAACCAACGGAGGUUCAUAUCAGAACUAUCAUAGUGGUGGCCGCCGUGUGCUUAACGAGCUCUGCCCAACUUAUUUCUAUUGUGGGCGGCGGUAUACUCGCUCGAGCUAUGGCAACCGUGCUUGGUGACCCUACUGUAUCGCAGUGGUUCGGAACUAUCAAGAACAUAUUGACCUUGGUCACUAUCCUUCCAGUCUCACAAGCUGCAGAUUUUUGGGGCCGAAAAUGGUUCAUUUUGAUCUGUAAUUCACUUGGUGUAAUUGGAUAUUUAAUCGUCUCCCGGUCCGAAAAUAUGACUACAGUUAUAGUCGGCUUUGUUAUCGGCAGCGCCGCCUUUGGUUGUCAGUCUUUAGCUUAUGCUAUACCUUCGGAAGUCUUGCCUCGCAAGUAUCGUGGUUAUGGCCAAGCUGCAGCAAACAUAUCAGGUGGAUUGGGAGCUACAAUUGCAGUACUUAUGGGCACUGCUCUUACGAAACACAACCCCGAUGGCUGGAGGACAUACUGGUACAUCUGCGUUGGCGUCUACUUUCUCAGUAUUGUAUGCGUCCAAUUUGGCUACAACCCUCCACCACGUGAACUCGAGACUACAAUGACUACAACACAGAAACUUCGGACAAUGGACUGGAUUGGAAGCUUACUUAUUGGAAUAAGCUUGGUCCUCAUUUGUAUGGGUCUCCAAUGGGCUGGCAAUCCAUACAGAUGGUCAAAUAUACACGUUCUCGCACCCUUGGUUAUUGGGAUCUGCUUUCUUUUUGCCUUUGGGCUGUGGGAGUGGAAAGGUACUAGUGAAGGCAUACUCAACCAUCGCUUAUUCCAACACCGAAACUUGCCCCUUUCCCUCCUACUCUUCUUUACAGAAGGCCUGACUUUCCAGACGGUCAACAAUUACUUCGUUUUCAAUAUAUCUACGAUCUCUCAUAUCGACUCAUGGAGUAGCGGUCUUCGAUUUAUCGUUAUAUUUAUCACCUCCGUUGUUAUCGCCUUUGUCGCAGGCGCUUAUAUUACGUUUCGGAAGAGAGUCCGAGAGACUUUGGUGUGCGGGUUCCUUUUCGUCACCACUUUCUGUAUCCUCAUGGCAUUCUAUAAAGAAAGCCUCCCACUAGCCAAUGGCUUUGGCUAUGCGGUCCUUAGUGGAACAGGGCUUGGGGUCAUCUUGACUGGUACGAUUGUAGCUGCACAGAUGGGUACUCCUCCGGAGAUGAUAUCCCUCAGUACAGCACUCCCCUUGGCCACAAGAUCCCUUGGAGGCGCGAUCGGCCUCGCUAUUGACAAUGCAAUUUACAGCAACACUCUCGACGACAAUCUUUCCAAGAAAAUCGCCGAAGCAGUGUUGCCACUUGGAUUCAAUGCAAACAGCUUAGGAGACCUGAUCAAAGUUCUCCUAUCGAAUUCGCCGGCUGUCAACCAAAUCUCUGGCAUCACGCCACAGAUUCUCGCUGCUGCUAAACAUGGAUUAGAUGAGGCGUACAAAAUGUCCUUUAAAAAUCUUUGGACUUCCGCGGCUUGCUUUGCUGCUGUUGGCGUCAUCGGUUCGGUGUUCAUUUCGGAAACACAGUCUGAGUUCACAGAGUCGAUCGAUGCUCCUGUCGAGACCAAGCUGCUAGGAAAAGUGGAGAAAUACUAG